UCUGGGGCAGGCAAAGGCCCGCCAGUCGUCAGCAUGAGCUCCAGCGAGGAAGCUGGGCCGAGAAGCCCAGGGAGGGACUCCGGAAGCUCCAGGUUACCACCAAAGAACAGGAUUUUGGUCUAGGGGCUCCAUUUUCUGAAGCUGAAAAAUACCAGAAUACUCUCCAGCUAGAGCAAGAAGUGAGAAAUCAAGACAAAUUCAUCUCUGCACUGAAAUUACAGGUUGAAGAUCUCAAACAGACAAAUCAUGGCUUGGAAGAAUAUGUUAGGAAACUCUUGGAUAGUAAGGAGGUGGUAAGCAGUCAAAUAGACGAUUUAACCAGCCACAAUGAGCAUCUUUGUAAAGAAUUGAUUAAAAUUGACCAACUAGCAGAGCAACUAGAAAAAGAAAAAAAUUUUGUGGUGGAUACCGCUGACAAAGAACUUGAAGAGGCAAAGAUUGAACUCAUUUGCCAGCAAAAUAAUAUAAUAGUAUUGGAAGAUACAAUAAAAAGGCUUAGAUCUAUAAUUUUAGAGACUGAAAAAGCACAAAAUAAAUCUCCUUCUAGACUUGAUUCCUUUGUCAAGACUUUAGAAGCAGACAGAGAUUAUUACAAGAGUGAAGCUCAAAAUUUGAGAAAGAUGAUCAGAAGUAGAUCUAAAAGUCCAAGACGCCCGUCUCCAUCUUCUCGGGGUACAAACUGUGAUGUAGAGCUUUUGAAGACAACAAGAGAUCGUGAAGAACUUAAAUGCAUGCUGGAAAAAUAUGAGCGUCAUUUGGCAGAAAUUCAGGGUAAUGUCAAGGUUCUUACAUCUGAGAGAGACAAGACCUUUCUUCUUUAUGAACAGGCACAGGAAGAAAUUGCCCGACUUCGACGAGAAAUGAUGAAAAACUGUAAGUCUCCUAAAUCAACAACAGCACAUGCCAUCCUCCGACGGGUGGAGACUGAAAGAGAUGUGGCCUUCACUGAUUUACGAAGAAUGACCACAGAACGAGAUAGCCUGAGGGAAAGGCUAAAGAUUGCCCAAGAGACAGCAUUUAAUGAGAAGGCUCACUUGGAACAAAGGAUAGAGGAGCUGGAAUGUACAGUUCAUAAUCUUGAUGAUGAACGUAUGGAGCAAAUGUCAAACAUGACUUUGAUGAAGGAAACCAUAACCACUGUGGAAAAAGAAAUGAAAUCACUAGCAAGGAAGGCAAUGGAUACAGAAAGUGAACUUGGAAGACAAAAGGCAGAGAAUAAUUCUUUGAGACUUUUAUAUGAAAACACAGAAAAAGAUCUUUCUGAUACUCAGCGACAUCUUGCUAAGAAAAAAUAUGAACUACAGCUUACUCAGGAGAAAAUUAUGUGCUUGGAUGAAAAAAUUGAUAAUUUUACCAGGCAAAGUAUUGCCCAGAGAGAAGAAAUCAGCAUUCUUGGUGCAACCCUCAACGAUCUGGCUAAAGAAAAGGAAUGCCUACAAGCAUGUUUGGAUAAAAAAUCUGAGAACAUUGCAUCCCUUGGAGAGAGUUUGGCAAUGAAAGAAAAGACCAUUUCAGGCAUGAAGAAUAUCAUUGCUGAGAUGGAACAGGCAUCAAGACAGUCUACUGAAGCCCUAAUUAUGUGUGAACAAGACAUUUCCAGAAUGCGUCGGCAAUUGGAUGAAACAAAUGAUGAGCUGGCUCAGAUUGCUAGGGAAAGAGAUAUCUUGGCUCAUGAGAAUGAUACUGUCCAAGAACAAUUUUCUAAAGCCAAACAAGAAAACCAGGCCCUGUCUAAAAAAUUGAAUGAUACACAUAAUGAACUUAACGACAUAAAACAGAAGGUCCAAGAUACUAAUUUGGAGGUUAACAAGCUGAAGAGUAUAUUAAAGUCUGAAGAAUCUGAGAACCGGCAAAUUAUGGACCAACUCCGAAAAGCCAAUGAAGAUGCUGAAAACUGGGAAAAUAAGGCCCGUCAAGCAGAGGCAGAUAACAAUACCCUCAAAUUAGAACUUAUUACUGCUGAGGCAGAAGGUAACAGAUUAAAAGAAAAAGUAGAUUCUCUCAACAGAGAGGUCGAGCAGAUGGAGAAUGAGUUAGAUUCUGCUCGCUCUGAAAUAGAACUCCUCAGGAGUCAGAUGACAAAUGAGAGAAUCUCUAUGCAGAAUCUAGAAGCUUUGCUGGUGGCCAAUCGAGACAAAGAAUAUCAGUCUCAGAUAGCGCUUCAAGAAAAAGAAUCUGAAAUUCAGCUUCUCAAAGAACACCUUUGUUUGGCAGAAAGUAAAAUGGCCAUCCAGAGUAGAGAUGUGGCCCAGUUCAGAAAUGUUGUAACACAAUUGGAAGCUGAUUUAGACAUUACCAAACGACAACUAGGGACAGAGCGCUUUGAAAGGGAGAGGGCCGUGCAGGAACUUCGCCGCCAGAAUUACUCAAGUAAUGCUUAUCAUUUGAAUACUACCAUGAAGCCAAAUACAAAAUGUCAUUCACCAGAACGUGCUCACCAUCGAUCUCCUGACCGAGGCCUAGAUCGAUCGUUAGAAGAGAAUCUUUGCUAUAGAGAUUUCUGACAUGCGAAAAGAUUCUUCACAUCCUUGGGAAAGGUCAAAGUUACAAACGUUUUUUUUUUUUUGCUAUAUGAUUGCAUUUAUCUUUUGAAUGCUUGACAAUGUUAAAUGUAUUUAUUAACUUUGUGCCUCUGAAUCUGUGUUCUCAUGUGCCAUAUCGCAGUGGUCCAAAAUGAUAUAUAGAAACAAAAAUGCAUAUGGCUGUUUCUAUCCAUGCAAUAAUAGUGAGUGUAAAAUCUGCUUACUUCACUAUUGAACACUGUUAUGUUAACUAUCCGGAGUAAAUAAAGAAGCUUAUAAAAAGAGGGAAAAGUGUUUUUACAAAACUGAUUUCCUUUCCUUUCUUGAUAUCUCAAAUAAUUGGUUGGUUAAAUUUUUUCUUUGUGAUUUAUGCUUUCAUGGCUGGUGAAGUUGUGCCAAAAUAGGCACAGUUUACCAAUACUGGCCUGGGACCCAAUAUUCCAUUUUGGAACCAACCUGACAUAAAUUCCAGGCCAUAAUCUGAUUUCAAAGCAGCAGAUAGUAGGAGUGUGUCAGAGUUUUAAAAUCCAUAGUAUUGUACCACUAAUUAACAUACAUUUUCUGCAAUUGUGUUUAUCUCUACUAUUUUUAGAAAGGUAGGUGAUGCUAUAUUUGUCAAGAAUGU